AUGGCUCGGGGCCAUGGGGCCACAGUCAGCCUGGUGCUGCUGGGGCUUGGGCUGGCCCUGGCCAUCAUCGUGCCCGCCGUGGUCCUCUCCCGCCACCACACCCUCUGCGGUCCUCACGCCUUUGCCCACGCGGCUGUAGCUGCCGACUCCAAGGUCUGCUCGGACAUUGGACGAACUGUCCUGCAGCAGCACGGCUCGCCCAUGGAUGCCGCCAUCGCAGCUCUGGUCUGCACUGGUGUUGUCAACCCUCAGAGCAUGGGCCUGGGCGGAGGGGUCAUCUUCACCAUCUACAAUGCAACCACAGGGAAGGUGGAGAUCAUCAACGCCCGGGAGACGGUGCCUGCCAAUCCCACCCCGGGCCUGCUGGAUCAAUGUGAGCAGGCCCAGCCACUAGGCACAGGGGCCCGGUGGAUUGGGGUGCCUGGGGAGCUCCGGGGCUACGCUGAGGCCCACCGCCGCCACGGCCGCCUGCCCUGGGCGCAGCUGUUCCAGCCGACCAUUGCACUGCUGCGCAGGGGCCACCGUGUGCCCCUAGUCCUCAGCCACUUCCUGCACAACAGUGUCCUGCGGCCUUCCCUGCACGCAUCAUCCCUGAGGCAGCUCUUCUUCAAUGGGACAGAGCCCCUGAGGCCUCAGGACCUACUGCCGUGGCCUGCACUGGCCACAACCCUGGAGACCGUGGCCACAGAGGGUGCAGAGGCCUUUUACACCGGGGCGCUAGCCCAGAUGCUGGUGGAGGACAUAGCCCAGGAAGGGAGCCAGCUGACCCUGCAGGACCUGGCCGCGUUCCGCCCAGAGGUGGUGGACGCCCUGGUGGUGCCCCUGGGGGACUACACCUUGUACUCACCACCACCGCCGGCAGGAGGCGCAGUUCUCGGCUUCAUCCUCAAUGUGCUGAGAGGUUUCAACUUCUCUGAGGAGACUGUAGCCAGGCCCGAAGGGCGCGUGAAUAUGUACCAUCACCUGGUGGAGACGCUCAAGUUUGCUGGAGGACAGAGGUGGCGCCUGUGGGACCCUCGCAGCCACCUGGAGGUCCAGAAUGCCUCCCGGGACCUGCUGGGGGAGGCCUUGGCCCAGCACAUCCGCCAGCAGAUCGACGCCCGGGGUGACCACCCGCUCAGCCACUACAGCCUGGCCGGAGCCUGGAGUCAACAGACGGGCACGGCCCAUGUGUCGGUGCUGGGGGAGGAUGGCAGUGCGGUGGCUGCCACCAGCACCAUCAACACGCCCUUUGGUGCGAUGGUGUACUCCCCACGGACGGGCAUCCUGCUCAACAAUGAGCUUCUGGACUUAUGCUGGAGACGCCCUCUGGGCUCCAGCGUCACCCCACAACCUGUGGUGAGCGUGGACAGAGGUGGGGGAGAUCCAGGAGGGCACUGCUGGCCCCCAGUUCCAGGUGAGCGGCCCCCGUCAUCCAUGGUACCCUCCAUCUUGGUCAACACAGCCCAGGGGUCGAAGCUGGUGAUCGGUGGGGCUGGGGGGGCGCUUAUCAUCUCUGCUGUGGCCCAGGCCAUCAUGAAUAAGCUGUGGCUUGGCUUUGACCUGAGAGCAGCUAUUGCAGCCCCCAUCCUGCAUGUUGACAGCAUGGGCCAUGUGGAGUAUGAGCCCAAAUUCAGCCAGGAGGUGCAGACGGGGCUCCGGGACAGAGGCCAGAAAGAGAUCAGUAUGCCUUUCUUCCUGAAUGUGGUCCAGGCUGUGUCCCAGGAGGGGGCCUGUGUGUUUGCAGUGUCAGACCCAAGGAAGGAUGGGGAGGCUUCAGGCUACUGA